AUGUCAGCCCCAGAAGUCUUCCAACUUUCCCUCGGCCCUUUGACGGGUAUCGCCUUCAGUCCUGAUAGAAGUCAGGUCUGUGUCUGUCCCAAUUCCAACGAAGCUCAGAUCUAUACUAGGAAUGGAGAUUCGUGGGAUCUUACCGAUACUCUAGCCGAGCACGACAAACUCAUCACCGCCAUCGCUUGGGGUCCCAACACCAACCGAAUCGUUACCUGUUCUCAAGAUCGAAAUGCCUACGUAUGGACUCAUACCGAACAAGGUUGGAAACCCGCUUUGGUCAUUUUGAAGAUUAACAGAGCUGCUACCAGUGUCAAAUGGAGUCCGUCAGAGAAUAAGUUUGCAGUAGGAAGUGGUUCUAGAGUCAUCGCUAUCUGUCAUUUUGAUGAAGAGAACAAUUGGUGGACUGCCAAACAAAUCAAGAAACCCCUUAGAUCUACUGUUUUGUCACUUGAUUGGCACCCUAAUAACUAUCUGCUUGCUGCUGGUACUGCAGAUGGUAAAACUUAUGUAUACUCGGGAUACAUCAAAGGUCUUGAAGCGAAACCCGAAGCUACCAUUUGGGGUGAUAGACUUCCUACUGGUCAACUAUUGGCUGAGUUUAAAUCGCCUAAUGGAGGUUGGGUACAUGAUGUUGCUUUCUCUCCUUCUGGAGAUGCAUUGGCUUUCGUCGCCCACGACUCAUCACUCACCAUCAUCUACGCUUCUGGGCCUAAUGAGCCACCCGCCGCGCACAUUGUGGUCAAACUCCCUUCUCUUCCGUUUACCAAUCUCACUUGGACCUCUGAAUCAUCAAUCGUAGCUGCGGGACAUGACUGUCAACCUAUCCUCUUCACUGGAUCAUCAUCCGGAUGGGCGAUUUCUCAUUCCCUCGACGAUCCUUCAUCCACUUCUAAACCACUCACACCUACUGCUACAGGUAUAAGAUCCGGUGGAGGUGGAGUAGGUAGACUGGGCAAUAACGAAGCGUUCAACAUGUUCAAAGCUGCUGAUUCCAAAGGUCAAAGAGGACUACCGGGUACUGGAGCAGCUACGACUUCUUCUGGACUUACUCCAGUAGGAUCAGAUGGGAUGUUAUUGACCAUUCAUCAAAAUACCAUUACGCAUGUGGAAGCGUACGAAUGGAAUCAGAAUGGAGAAGUGUCGAAGAUCUUUACGGCUGGUAGAGAUGGUAGAUUGGUUGUUUGGCCUGUUACGGGUGGUAAAGGCGGUUUGUCAGGUAGAAUGGCGGGUUUACAGGUUUAG